CUUUGGAGCCCCCCUCCCUUCCUGCCGCUUGACUUUUCCAGUCUGCUCGCGCGACGCGCUCGGACCUGCCGCCGCCUAGUGCAAUGAUUUCGCGUCCGUCGUCCGUUGCCUCCUCUCGAUCUCUUGUGGUGCGCGUCUGUCUGCCAAUUGGGACCAUUAGUGAUUCGGCCGUCCACGCGAGUGGAUCAGACCGAAUGUGCCAAGUGUAAUCGCGAAGUGACUGACUGACUGAUUUCUCGCGUCUCGAUCGAUCGAUCAACAACAACAACGAGGUUUAAUCACGACUUUCCUGGUGGAUCGACGAUUGCUUUCUUUCUUUCUUUAUUUUUUUACGUAUUUACGCGAGCAACGAAGUUUGCAUCGACAUCGCAGAGGGAAUGGUUGUCCUGCAAGCACCGCUCGAGAAGAGCAUCUACUCGCUCAAACCUAAACAAUAUCGACUGGAUCACAUUGACAAAGGCAUUAGCAUGUUUGAGGCAGCCAAAGACAAUCGUUAUAACGAAUAUAGUCCAUGGAACUACAACUUGCUUGGAGGAGGCUCCAUCAACAAGACUAUUUUAGAGGAUGAUGAAGGGCAAGAUCUUAGUAAUUCCAUGGUGGAUGAUCUUGUUGCCAAAAUCCUGGAUGAUGAUUCCAUUAGUGGCAAUAAUGAGGCUUUUGCCCCUCGCUGCAAUGGAAACACACAACAAUACCAAAGUGGGAUUUCAAUGGCACAAGACUGUAAACCCAGGCUAGGCCCAAAUGCAUAUCCUUCAAAUGCCAAUGGCCUUAAUUCAAAUUUUUCGCUUACGCAGUUAGCUAAUGGUUCAUCAUUUGGUGUAAAUGAAAAUGACCAAGAUUACAGAAACAUUUGCAAUGGACUGAACUCAUUAGGUCUCAAUUUGAUCAUGGGACAGCAGAAUCAAGACAAGGCAAAUUUGUAUAAUGAAGGAUUUCCCAAUAAUGUGCAGAGAUCAAUACCCAACUCUGACAAUAAUGUACAACGCCCACAGCCACAAUAUCAAACUCCAUUAGUGAAUGAUUCAUCUUAUAGUUCCAUACGAAACUCAUACUUACCAUUAUCGAAUAAUGGCCUACUUUCAACGACCAAUGGUAUGAACUAUAGUCCUCCGAACUCCAACUGGUCUGACAACAGUUUGCUAUCAAAUGAUAGUACCAAAGAUAUUUUUGGACAACAAUUCUUACAGCAACAACAACAAUCUCAGCAACUAUGCAAUAACAACGAUUACAAUUUUAAUAGCACCCUUGGAAAUCUGGGUUAUGAAUCGCCUUCUGAUAAAAGCAUUGGACUUGCUGACCUGCAGCUGCAUUAUGGUGUUUCGCCGAGUUCGCACAGUAGCUCCAUGAUCAACAUACAUGAUUCCUACAAUGUAACUGCCAAUGGCCAAAACUACCGUCCUAGCUCUACUGUGACUGAUCUUAGUUCUGAUUCAGGUUUUCUAUCAAACUCACCACUUCAGCAUUUUUCUCCAGCUGAAACUAAUGUACAAAAUUGCUUUACAUCAAAUAUGCAUCGCAAUAGUUACGAAGAAAUGAAAGAUUAUCGUGACACGUCCAACCUGAAUAUUAACAACCUGACUGCAUCGAACGAACAACUGUACUUGAAGCAGCAACAACUUUAUCAUCAACAACAGCAGCAACAAAAUUUUCGAACCAAGCUAGAUGAGUCAACAGUAAUGGCGGCUGAAGCGUACAAACGCCUGAUAAACCAAUAUCCUAAUCUUGCUGAACAUCAUCAACAAUUUGCUUCAACAAAUGAUCUUGAAAGUAACAAUGGUAUGCCAUAUGUUGACCCCAACCUAUUGAAAUUGCUUAGCCCUAAAUCUAAUAAAACCUGUGAGAAACAAGUUUUUCCACCUAUUGGAUAUUCGCGAAACUUGACUGCUGCUGUAGCAGCAGCACAAGCUGCCCGAGAAGCUGAGCAGCUUCAACAACUCAAGUACAAUUAUCAAAGUACCAAUAACUGCAGACAAUACCUCAUCAAUAAUGCAGAUGCUCUCAAGGUUCUUCAACACCAAAAUUCUCAAGCCAUAUUCCAAAACAAUCAGAAGAGGUCUAACAACAUUUCAGCGGCUUACAAAAUGAAAGCAGCUUAUGAACAACUUGCUGCCAACACUUUAAACUUUUCAUCAAACAAUGUGUUGGCACAACAGCAACAACAGCAGGUGCAACAACAAGCGCAGCAACAAUCACAGCAACAUCUUAGUAGCAACGGAAUUGAUGCUGAAAUUUUCAACCGGCUCGUCAAACAGCGGCAACAGCAGCAACAACAACAGCAACAGCAACGUUUGAAGAAUUUGGCGGCUAUGGCCCCUGCAGCAGACGUACUAUAUAAUGCCGGUUUAAUACCAAGUACAAAUCCUGGUGUUUUUCCAACUGUUAUGCCAAUUCCCGUUGGUGUACCUUCACCGUUAUCAGUUUACGAUGGAGCUUUUGGCUUAAGGAAUGGAGCAUCAGCCAAAAGAUCUGGACCAUCUAGGACUCUGUAUUUGAGACUAGAACAAACUUACGAACAAUUCAAACAGUUGGAAAAAGAACGUAAAAAGUGUGAAGCUGGAUUGGCGGCUCAUUUUCCUGGAAAGAAAGUAACGAGCGCGAACAACAUACCGAUUCCUCGGCUUCAGGGUAGUCCUUCUCGAGUCGAUAGACUCAUAAUCGACCAUUUCCGAGAGCAUGCCCGUGUAAUAACUCUAAUUGCCAAGAUGGAACGACUGCGUGGUGCUGAUAUGAACCAACGAGUUCAUAAAGCUAUGGAACAGUGGUUGGAAACUAUUAAAUACGUACAAGAAUGUCGUAAGCAAGAAAUAGCGAAUGCUACUAAACGACAAAAAGAAUCUCUUCACUGCAUUUCUCUACAUGAUGAUAGUGAUAUAAUGGCUCUGGCAGAAAGCAUUUACAAACUAACGAAGGCUUCACGUUAUGCAAGGACAGCCAUGUUCAAUGCAAUGCAAGCAACCAUACUAUACGAUAAAGAAAUUGAAUCCAGGAUUGUUGAGACUAAUCAAGAUAUCGUAGAAGAAAUCAAAUUAAAUGAAUCUGAUAAAAAUAAUGAUUCGGAUUCUACUGGCGAUUCGAAGGGCGGUGUACCUACACUCGAAGAAAUUGUAGGUCUUGAGAACCUGACUUUGAGGCCAAAAAGAACCCAGUUAGCGGAGGAGGCAUCGGCCUCACCAGUUACCAGCGAGGACGCUGUCACUAAAAGUACUUAAAGAGAUCAACAAGUUUAAAAACAUAACUUGCAAAGGCGAUAAUCAGAUCUUUAACGUCACAAUGCACUUAUCUUCACUCACUGUGAGUCGCUUCAUUUCCGUGAUUCACAGCGCCUAAAAAUUAUCAAGCUUGUUUCGACGCUAGCUAGAGCUAGACAUAGUUAAGCAGGUUACAGGGGAAUUAAAACAGAAUAGGUGUAUAUGAAAUAUGCAAGUAUUUAUUCAUAUACGUAUAAAAAUAUUAGGAUUACCGUUUUACUAGGAUUAUCGUCGUAUUCAAGAUUUUCUUGGUGCUAACCAAGUUAACCAAUAUUUCGUCGAACAGAAUCUCCGAGAGUUGUAUCGUUAUGAGCGUUUAAUUUUAAGGAUUUUUCAUUUUGUAACUACACCAUAAACUUUCAUUGAAAUCAAGUUAACUACUACGUAAGAAAGUACGCACAACGUUCGACGUACUCGGGGAUUUACAAUGACGCGCAUCACUGCACCGGUUAACUUUUAUAUUUGUUACUCGUAAUUCCGUAGUUAUUAUUUAUUUUCUAAUGAAUGAAACUAACUGCGCUUUGACACAAGUUUCAACCGUCGACUUGAGACGUACGCAGGGUUUUCGUCGUCGACGAUGGUAGUAAUUGAAUGUGUUUGAAACGCACGAAACUUUCUGUCCAAAUAAUGUAGAAAAAGAAAAAAAAUUGAUAACGCGUUCGACUCGAGACGCGAGCUGGCAAGAAACGCUCUUUUACUCAUCACGAUGUGCAUUAUUUUCUUGAUAAAUUUUAUUCUUGCACCGGUAAGAAUGACCUUAUACUUUGCAUGUACGGCAUGAUUUUAUACAAUAUAUACGAUUUCACUCUAUUGAAUUUGUAUUCAAUCUUGAAAGAUAUGAUUUAGCAUAUCAUGGUAAUUUUACAUUUUCUGAUGUAUAUUUCUUUUCAUCGAUUAAUUUAAAUCCAAAAUGAUCUUUACACAAAAGAAAAAAAAUUAUUCGAACGACGACCCUAAAGCAAAUAGGGCGUUAUACGAGCUUCUCUUGCCGCUAUUCGAUACAUAAAGUACCGGGCUCGAGUCGGAGCAUCACCAUGAAUUGCUUAAUUAUUUAGAUGAAAAAAGUUUUGGCCUAAUCUUAUGUGGCCCGAAUCGCCCAGUUUUACCGAGUGUGUUAGUUCAAACGCUAGAUACAAUUUCUCUAGAAUAGUUCAAUGUGGCCUUCCUGUGUGUGACCCGUAAUUUAAAAAAUACGCGUGUCGGUUAAUGAUGGUAAAAAUGAAUUACCCCCGACUAAGACGCACCUCUAAUAUGUGUGAUGCAAAAAUUAUGAACUAUAUUUAAAAUAGUCAAAUGGUUUCCCAUUUUGGACUAGGUAUAGGUGUAUUUUUUUCAUGUUAAUGAUGUUGCGAAGCGAUUCGAGUGAAAACUAAAAAAAUUAAUGCUGUCCAUUGUAUUGUAAUAAAUAGCUUUAUUUAUAACAUUUUGGGCUUCUAUCCGCGUGAUCCAUUUUCAGUUCCGACGAAUCUAUGAUUAACUUAAGAUUUCGAAUGUCGAGAAACUCUAAAAUCGUUGUAAUAACUUUUUAUGAUCAAAUGUGUUAAAUUGUCAAAUAUAACUUAUUAUUAUGUUGUGUAACGCGAUAAUGCAAUCGUCGUAGUAUUAUGUAUAUAUACAUAUUGGUAAAGUAUAAAACAGCUCUAUCCGAGCAAUAAUCAAUUGAAAAGAAAAUUGAUGAUCAAGAAUAGAUAGUAAGUUUUAUAAGCAUGAUAGAUCGAUUUUUUAUCACUUCUAUCGAGGAAAUACGAUUAUCAUCAAGUGUUAAUGUAGUAAAUGAAUGAUUCGAAUGACCAAUCAAAUGAAAUUGGAUUACGCGGAUGCAAGUUUUCAAUGAACAAAUUUGAUGUUAACGUAAUACGUUUGUAUGUAUGUCGAUAGACUUUUAUUCGCGUAUAGACAUACGCGAAUCGCGCACUUAUAUUAUUAUACACGUUAGUUCGAUUUUUCAAAGGUUCUCUUCCAACCCAUUUCUAUUACGCUAACUUUGUAACUUUUUUAGACGUUGAAAACGUUUUUUGACUGGUUCAUGUUGAAUAGUAAUGAUUUUUCAAACGCUUUUCGAUACGAAAAUUGUAUAUUAAGUAAGAGAGAAAAGAGAAAUUU